CGUUUCUUUUUUUAAACUUCUUAAAUGUCUUCAAUAUAAUCAUAAUGGAUAGUUUCGAUAAAACUGAAAAACAAGCAGAAAAGACUAAAAUCAGAUACUUUGUUCCCAGGGAACCUGAUCCUAAUGGAGGAGGGAAAUUCAGCUUUGUGCGACGAUCAAAAGAAGUGAUUCAAGAGAAACCAGUUCCUAAAGAGAAAUUGAAGAAAUGGAGGAAAAAUGAAUCUCUAAAAGGCAAGACAAGGACAAAGUUUCAUACCCAGAAGCUCAAAGAUAAAAAGAAAGUUCUAGAUAAUGUGAUUGAGAAGUCUGCUAGAAGUGAGUUUCUGCGUACUGAAGAAGCUGGAGAGAUUGUUGGAGAAAAUGUCUAUCAAGUAACACAGAAUGAUAUCAAGGAGAAGGCAGACGAAGCAACUCAGCAGAAAAUAUUUGAUCUAAGACUUAAUCAGUUUGGUCCUUACAGAAUAGACUACACACGCAAUGGAAGACAUUUGGUUAUUGGUGGGGCUAAAGGUCAUGUUGCAGCUUUUGACUGGCAAACCAAAAAACUUCAUUGUGAGAUCAAUGUCAUGGAGACAGUAGCAGACGUCAAAUGGCUCCAUCAGGAGACUUUGUUUGCUGUGGCUCAGAAGAAAUGGGUUUAUGUUUAUGACAAUCAAGGAAUAGAAGUUCAUUGCUUGAAACAUUUGGACUCUGUCUUGAGAUUAGAAUUUUUACCAUACCACUUUCUGUUGUGUUCUUCUAGUUCAAAAGGUUAUCUGUCCUAUUUAGAUGUGUCUAUUGGUAAAGAAGUCUCUGGUAUUUGUACAAAACAAGGUCGUCUAGAUGUCAUGGGGCUCAAUCCACAGUCAGCUGUUGUCUAUUUAGGACAUCCUAAUGGAACUGUCUCACUGUGGACACCCAGCAGUAAAGAACCUGCUGCCAAGAUCUUGUGUCAUGGAAGUGCUGUCAGGGAUGUUGCCAUUGAUUCCUCUGGAGUAUACAUGGCUACCAGUGGAAUGGACAGGCGUAUUAAGAUCUUUGAUUUGAGAAUGUAUAAGGAACUGAGUAAAUACCAGUACCACCAUAAACAGUGUCCUGGUUUGUUAGACUUCAGUCAGAAGGGACUGCUGGCUGUUACCAGAGACAAUGUGGUGGAGGUGUUUAAAGACUUUACCUCACAAGCUUACAGACCUGAAAAGCCUUACCUUUACCACAGGUGUGAGAGACUUAUAUAUGAUGUGAAGUUUUGUCCAUAUGAAGAUGUUCUUGGCAUUGGUUAUCAGUUGGGAUUUUCUAGUAUUGUUAUACCAGGUGCUGGGGAAGCCAACUUUGAUGCCUAUGAAGCUAACCCAUACCAGUCUAAAGCUCAGAGGAAACAAGGGGAAGUCAGAUUGUUGCUGGAUAAAGUUAAACCAGAAAUGAUAACAGUUGACACCAACAUAACAAAUGUUGACUUAGAAACUGCCAAAGAGUUGCAGGCAGAAAGAGAGAAGAAAAAGUAUUUGAAGCCCAGCAAGAUUGAUUUCACCCCCAAACACAAAAUGAAAGGAGGCAGUAGCGGAGUUAAGCUUAUUCAGCGUAUUAAAGGUGUGCAAGAGCAAAACUUGAGGCAGGCUGUGAGAACCAUUGUAAGGACCAAACAAGUUGAAGGCAAACUGGACAGUCACAACCAAAACAGAAAAGGGUUACAGAAGUCUGCAUUGGAUAGAUUUAAGAAGAAAAAUUAACAAAAUUGUUUACUGCUUUAUUGUAAUUUUAUGAAAUAAAUCACAAAUGUUGAAAAUGUUUUGUCAUGAUUUUAAAAUUUUA